AUGGGUGCCAUGCGUCUCCCCCGCCCAACGGGCAUCUAUGUCCCCAGUUCACCAAGAACCCUCACCAGCGACAUGAUCUCUCCACCACUCUCUCCAGAAUUCAGCUUCGAUUCCGAGACUGUCACACCCUCUCUAAUCCCAGCUCUGGAAUACAUCUCUGCCAAACUACAACAAAGAAUGAUGCACGUCACCCUCCUCAUCGGCCGCGGAAAGCCCUACCCGACCGGUCAAGCCUCUGACUUAAUGAUCAUCCCAAUCCAUUCAAUCGAGCCACAAGCAUGGCGAGUACUCGAACGUGCCAUUGCCAAAGGCUCGAGGAAGUUCUCACUCGGCCCUAGCUGGACCGACGCCCUCAGCCGCAGCCAGUAUGAGCGCCAGGCUAACGAUCACCUCGUCAAGCAAUCCAUUCUGCAGAACGAAGUCAUCUUCAGUCAGGAGGGUCUAACUCUCCUGAACAUGGACCGCAUAUAUACCUUCAAGCGCCGUAUGUGCAUUCUCUCUACUCGUCCGUUCUCCUGCAACGGCGGACAGUCAAUGUCAUCCUGCGUUCGGCUACUCCACCGCAUCGUCGCAGAUUUCGCCGGUCGCCCCUUCAGCAAGGCUUUCUUCUACCGCGUCUAUGAGCAGCUCGAUGUCCCAGACGAGCAGCUCACUGCCGUCGCAGUUGCUUAUAAAAACGUCCACAACCAAGAUGCGAUCAUUCUUCCCGUCCAGGCAAAAGCUCCUGCUCCUGCUCCUGCUCCUGCUGCUGCUCUUGUUCCUGUUCCUGUUCCUGCUUCUGUUCCUGCUCCAGUUCAGGCCAAAGUCGAGGCCACUAUUUCAGCAAAAGUUACAGCGAAGGUCCAGCCCAAAGUGCAGGCAGAAUUUCAAGCAAAAGCUCAGCUAAAAGCUGCUGAGCGAGUCAUCUUGAAACCCAAGGCCGACUCUAUCCCUAUCCGGGUGAGAGCCGAACGUCCCCGUGAAGUCAAAAGAUCGCCCAUCCAGACUGUGCGCGGUCGGAGACAGCCCCCAUCGUCGAGGAUGCGAGGGCACAAUAAGCGUGGACCUAAGACGCCUCUUUCUGCGUCGGAUGUUACUCCCAUCACGCGGAAUGAGUGGAAUAUUCUUGUCAGCCAGGAUAUUCGUGUGCAGCCUAAGGUUACACAGUGGACUCCGUCGCCGAAUGUGUUGGCCGCUGCUUGA